AUGGCAGCUCCAGCACGGCGGCUGGUCCAUCCAGCACUAUUCAUAUGCGACCUGCAAGAGAAGUUUCGCUCGGCCAUUUAUGAGUUUCCGAAGGUAGUGUCCACGACGCAGAAGUUACUGAAGGCAAGCAAGAUUCUGGGAAUCCCAGUGUUCGCUACCACCCAACUACGCGCCAAACUCGGCGAGACAUGCCCGGAGCUUGGUUUAGAUGCGCCGGACGGCGUUCUGACAAAAGCUCAUGUGGACAAGAGCGCAUUCAGCAUGUUUGUGCCAGAGUUGCAGAAAGCCUUCCAUGAGCUGGGACCGGAGAAGAGGGAAGUGGUAGUCGUUGGGAUUGAGAGUCACAUCUGUGUCACGCAGACGACGUUGGACCUGCUACGAGAAGGCCACAAGGUCUAUGUGCUCGCCGACGGGGUCUCAAGCUGCAACCAACAAGAAGUGCCAAUAGCGCUGGCUCGGCUAAGGGCAGAAGGCGCGGUUGUAACGACCAGCGAAAGCUUCUUGUACGAGUGUAUGGGCGAUGCUGGCAUAGCUGAGUUCAGACAAAUGGCGGGCGUGGUUAAGGAGUUCAGCGCGGCCACUAAGGAGAAUCUGUCGGCAUUAUGCAAGUUCUGA